AAAAACUAGCCGUUACAACUUUUCCUUCCAUUUCUUCGACUUUCCCCUAAUCCAUUGUGAAACCCUAAUUUUAAAAAAAAAAUUUAAGUUAAAUAUCCCAAACCCAUUUCUCCUUUUCGGUAAUUGAACAAAACCCUUCUCUUUAAUUCAAGAAAUAAAUAGCAAUUCUCACCCUUUUUGCCUUUUUUCUUUUCAAACAAAAACCUUUUCCCUAUUGUCCUAUAAAUUCAACUUUUUCCCUUUUUCUUCUCCAUCCAUUUCAAAAACCCCAUAUUCUCUGCAUUUGUUUCAUCUUUCUUUGAUUGAAUCUUCAUUUUUCUUGGCAAAAAAAAAAGGGUGAGAGAUUAUGGCUUCAAGAACAGUGACUAAAGAUAUUAUCACCCUUCGUGGUUCAGCGGCAAUUGUCAGCGAGUUUUUUGGGUAUGCUGCAAAUAGUAUACUCUACAAUCGUGGACUUUAUCCGGAGGAAAGUUUUGUGAAGGUGAAGAAAUAUGGGCUUCCAAUGUUGCUUACUCAGGAUGAGAGUGUUAAAUCCUUCAUUGCCAACGUAACCGCUCAACUUUCUGAAUGGCUGGAAGCUGGAAAGUUACAAAGGAUUGUUCUUGUAAUAAUGAGUAAAGCCACCAAUGAGGUCCUAGAGAGGUGGAACUUUAGCAUUGAGACUGAUAGUGAGGUUGUUGAGAAGGGUGUCUCGAGGGAAAAGAGUGACAAGGAAAUCAUGAGAGAGAUACAAGCAAUCAUGCGACAGAUUGCUUCAAGCAUUACCUACUUGCCAUGCCUUGACGAAGCCUGUGUUUUUGAUGUGUUGGCCUACACUGAUAAAGAUGUUGCAGUCCCAUUCACUUGGAUUGAGAGUGACCCCAAACUUAUUGCUAAUCCACAAAUGGUCAAAUUGCACUCCUUUGAUACCAAGAUUCACAAGGUUGAUACUCUUGUAUCUUACAAGAAUGACGAGUGGGAUGAGCAGUAGAGAGCAACGAAAGGGAUAAGCAGAAGAGAGAGGCUACUCGCCAUUUGUUUGUGUGUUACCUCUUUGUGGUUCCUUCUUCGCUUGAGUGGUUAUUGUGAAUCUUCUAUUCACAUUUUGUAAGAAAUGUCCAUUUGUUGUGUGGCUAAUGAAAACAUGGAGAAAAGAAAUAUGAGGUGCGUGAUCUCUGUUUGUUUAAUUUGUAAUCUCCCAUGUCAGUAAAUCUGCUUUGAAUUCCAUUAUAAUAUUUUUGUGUUAAGGGAAUUUGAGCUGUGUUUGGUAUUAGAAUAAGUAGAACUGUAGAACAAGAAUGGUUCAUGAAAAGAUUGGACGUACAGAAUUUGGAGUGUAUUUUCAAUCCAUUCAAUCAGUGGUGGAGCCAUGCUAGGAUUUGGAGGGGCCAUGGCCCCCCCAAAUAUUUUUUAUAAAGUUGACAAGUAUAGAUUCUUGUAUAUCUAAUUUUUAUGCCUUCAA